GUCCACGCGAUAUCCUUCGGAUCCUUUUUCUCUUUCCCUCUUCCCCUGAGGACAGGCACAUCUGUCAAUGCUUGCGUUGAAGCGACUACGGCCUUCCACAUCUUGACGUCGUCAAUGAUUUUGGGCUUCUCGCCCGCUCUCUCGCGAUCAUGAGAUUCGCUGCCUAUGCUGGGGCCUCGGUGGCUCUAGCAACAGGUGUAUUCUUGAAAGCACUUCACCAGAGGGCAAAUUUCUAUUCCGCUUGCGUGUAUCUUUCCCAGAGUAGCGCCAAUCUCAUGAUCUUGACAAAUGUUUGUCUUCUGGCUGUCGGUUUCCUGCUCUUCUGGCUUCAGCGCCUUCUCUACGGCCCCCUUCGACCUAUUGAGACCGAGCAACUUUACGAGAAGGCGUGGUUCGCGGUGACGGAAACAUGCUUGGCUAUGACAAUAUUCCGCGGAGAGCUUGGGGCCUGGUUCCUGGUCAUGUUUGUGUCCUUGCUUGUUGGGAAGGUAUGGGGCUGGAUUGGGGAGGGCCGCGUGGAGUUUCUCGAACAGCAACCCCCAGCGAACCCCCUCUUGUUUCAUACCAGGCUGGUAGUCUCCUUACUUUUAUCGGUGAUGUUUGACAUCUUCAUGCUGAAAUAUUGCAUCGAUACGGUCCUUGAACAAGCCCGCCCGGAUAUGAUGGUCAUGUUCGGCUUCGAAUUUGCUGUUCUCACAAUCCUCUCGACCUCCACUGCUGCCAGGUAUUCGAUUUCGCUUGUGGAGAUAUAUAUCAAUCGCCAGCAGAUGAAGGCUCGCAUUGAGGAGCGGCGCCAGGAGAUUAGAGCUGCUCGCGAGCAGGCCCUGGCGGAGCACGCAGCGACAGAAGAUCAAACCGCAAACCUUGAUUUACCCGAUGAAAACGACAUCAAUGAGUUGGAGCUCGAUAUCCCAGGUUGGGAAGAAAAGGGCCGCUGGGUCUUCUAUCUAGAUCUACUCACCGACUUCCUUAAGCUCACCGUUUAUCUGACUUUCUUCGCUAUUCUAUUUACGUUUUACGGUUUACCCAUUCAUAUUCUCCGGGAUGUUGUGGUUACGAUUCGCUCAUUCGGACGGCGAAUUAUGGACUUUGCUCGAUACCGAAACGCCACACGUGAUAUGAACGACAGAUAUCCUGACGCGAGUGCUGAGGAGGUCGCGAGAGAAGAGGUCUGUAUCAUUUGCCGGGAGGAGAUGACCCAUUGGCAACCCGGAGACAGACCAGUUUCUCGAGUUUCGGAAAGGUUACGCCCCAAGAAACUCCCGUGCGGCCACAUUUUACAUUUCUCUUGCCUUCGAAGCUGGCUUGAAAGACAGCAGAAUUGUCCCACAUGUAGACGACCGGUCAUUGCGCCUCCACGUAACCAAGGACCUGCUGGGGUCAAUAUGGGACAAGGAAACGGUGGUGCUGGUCAGCAGCAGAAUAUGCCUCCCGGAAAUCAGCCAGUCAACCAAAACCCCCCAGCAGAUGGCCUUCCUAGGGCUCGAAUUUACCAAUUCGGUCCAUUUAGGAUCGGAUUUGGCGCGGGAAGAGGGGAUCUCUUCAACAAUCUGCAUCAACAGAUUCAUCAGGGCAACGGUCCUUGGCAGCCAGGUAUGAAUCCUAACCCUGCUGGCGCCAGACAAAUUGGCUUUGGGUUCGGCUUCGGACGGCCUCCGCUGCAACAAGCGCCUGCACCGGCUGCACCAGCUGCAACCCAGCCGGUCCCGACGCCCACUUCGAACCUGCCCAACCUGCAAAACCAACUCCUGCAGAUGGAGCAACAAAUUGCGAACGAGAUCAAUGGCCUGCGCAUCGCUGCGGAUCAGCUGAACCUCGUUAGAUUACUGCAGACAGAGCUCCAACGCCUUCGUACUUUGCAAUCGCAACCAUUAAACAACCAGACUAACAUUCCGCAAAAUCCCUCUCCAUCAAUACCUUCAAUAUCCCCUACAACUACACGCCCUCGAAUUGUCUCUAACCCGGAAACGGCGCCUAUGGGAGCUGGUGACCCUCGUCUACCAGAUGGACUGACACUUCCCCAAGGCUGGACCCUGGUUCCCCUCCACUCUGUACAACCAGGACUGAGCGCAUCCUCGAAUGUUGCCGCAAAUGCUUCUUCAUCGGAGGCUGAACAUAGUGCUCCACCAUCUGAAGGGAUGCUCAACUCCCAGGUACCCACUGACACUGAGAGUCAGAGACCGAGUGAUAGGAGCGAUGCCGCCACCUCCGGGAGUUCAGGUUUACCAAACUGGCAGUCAAGCCCCUUCUCGCACUCAGCUGCAGACAGCACCGGAGCUAUUUCCCAACAGUCAGAGAACCUCAGUUCGGAGGCUGGACUGAGGGCGCCUCUGGCUCCCUCGAAGACUGAGCAAGUUGAGACUCCACUUUCCGAGCACGGCGCAGAGACUAGGAUUGAAACCCAGACUUCGGAUUCAAGAUCCAAAGGGAAGGAGCGGGUAGCCACGGUAGAAGACGCAGCGGACGAUGAGACAUGACAAUUGACUAUUAAUUUGCAUAUUUCCUACCUUUUGCUUCCUGUUACUCGUUCUAUCCCCAGAUCCGAGACCUAUCUUCGGACGCUUGACUGUACAUAGAGGUGAUCCUGAUAUACCACGGCAUAGCGCGACUA